UCCAAAAUUGUCCUCAAGAAACCUAAAGUUGCCUCCAAAAGGCCAAAAAUUGCUCAGAAAUCCAAGGCCAGCCCGCCGGUUGCCAAGGAGACAGCGACACGUAUGUAUGCUGCAUUGUCACUGAACUCAAUCAGACAUCUUAUUCUGUGUUUGACAUGUGACAAGCGUGCAUGUAACUCGUGCUCUAUAGUGUGUAGGCUACUCACCGGUCACUGCAUGGGCAAAAGUAUCGGGACACCGAUGACCAUCAAUGUACGUAUCAAAACUGGAAUUGUUUCCUCCAUUACUUCAUAUUGGCCCUUUAUUAAUGUUUUGACAUUUAGAACGGUUUGUGAUAAUAACUCCGGGAACUGACCCGAUACUUUUGUCCAUAUGUUGAACUCUGUGAUGCUCUCUUCAUGCUUCGCUGAUAACACACAAAGUCUCCUCUGCAGUACCCAUCUUAGGGAAUCAUAAUCUAUUGUGGCGCUGUAUGAAUGGACUAUGCGGUCCAAAUAUUUCUGUGCUUAACUGUGUUUCAGCGCUACUUGCAGUCCCAGUCCAAAAUCUUGCAGGACUACAAGGUCACAUGGAGAAAGCUGGACAUUUCUAGAUCUCUGCUGUAGUGUUUGACACACAAAUUAACACUCUCACACUGGGAGAAGCUAAUCUUGACUCAGGAUAAGAAUACUCGAAAUAAAUACAGCAACUUGAAAUGAUCCACAAAGUCCACAACAUGCGCGAUCAUGUACUCCUCGAUCGCAGUUCCAUGCCAUCAUUUCAUGUUAACCACCACCGUGCACAAUAGACAGGAGUGUAAAGGCGUGUCUUCCAGCUGGUCCUCAUUGAGACAAUUCUUGUAUGUCAAUCAAACGGCGUGGGCGUCGUCUUUAGAAUGUCCUCCACUGGGUCUGGAGUCCCUCAAGGUGAAAGACACCCAGUUGAAGGCGUCGUCCUACAAGCGGCGGGGCUUGGGCCCCCACCGCGGGCGACUCAACAUUCAGUCGGGUAUCGAGGAUGGCGACAUCUAUGAUGGAGCCUGGUGCGCCCAUGAGCGCAACACAAAGCAGUGGCUAGAGGUGGACGCCCUAAGACUGACACGCUUCACCGGUGUCAUCCUGCAGGGACGCAAUUCCAUUUGGAGUUGGGACGUGGUUUACACGUAUAAGGUGCAGUUCAGUAACGACUCCCAGCUGUGGACAGCAUGCAUGAACGGGACUCAGGAGGCCGUUUUCCAAGGCAACCGUGACGCAGAGACGCCGGUGUUGGCCGUCUUCAACACGUCCACGGUGGCGCGCUACAUCCGGAUCAAUCCUCAGACGUGGUACCAGAACGGGACGCAGGGAAACAUUUGCCUCAGGGCUGAGGUGCUGGGAUGCACGUUGCCAGAUCCCAACGUGGCGUACCCAUGGCAAACGCAAGUCAACAGGGACACACUGGACUUCAGGCAUCACAACUACAAUGAGAUGAGGAAGUUGAUGAAGGCGGUGAAUGAGGCUUGCCCCAACAUCACCCGCGUGUACAGCAUCGGGAAGAGCUACAACGGGCUUCAGCUGCUCGUCAUGGAAAUCUCAGACAAUCCGGGAACACAUGAACUGGGGGAACCGGAGUUCCGCUACGUAGCAGGGAUGCACGGGAACGAGGUCUUGGGUCGCGAACUCCUUCUCAACCUGAUGCAGUUCAUGUGUCGCGAGUAUAAGCUCGGAAACCAGCGUGUCGUCCGCUUGGUCGAAGACACUCGCAUCCAUCUGCUGCCCUCCAUGAACCCUGACGGAUAUGAGAUGGCCUUCAAAAAGGGCUCGGAAUUGUCCGGGUGGACUCUGGGCCGGUACAGCUACGAAGGCAUCGACAUGAACCACAACUUUGCCGACCUCAACUCAGUCAUGUGGAACGCCUACGAAAUGGAGACCAACCGCUCCAAACUCAUCAACCAUUACUUCCCAGUCCCUGAGCAGUACAACUCGGAGGAUGCCUUUGUGGCAUCCGAGACCAGAGCCGUCAUCAGCUGGAUGCAAAAAAUCCCGUUUGUGCUCGGCGCCAACCUUCACGGUGGAGAGCUGGUGGUUACGUAUCCGUUUGACAUGACCCGCGACUGGGCGCCUCAAGAGCACACACCCACCCCGGACGAGAGCUUCUUCCGGUGGUUGGCCGUCGCCUAUGCCAGCACCAAUCAGGUGAUGUCCAACCCCGACCGGCGGCCUUGCCACAAUAAGGACUUCAUCCGCUACAACAACAUCAUCAACGGUGCUGCGUGGCACAACGUACCUGGAAGCAUGAACGACUUCAGCUACCUGCACACGAACUGCUUCGAGGUGACGGUGGAGUUGUCCUGCGACAAGUUCCCGCACGCCAGCGAGCUUCCCAUCGAGUGGGAGAACAACCGAGAGUCUCUGCUGGUCUACAUGGAGCAGGUGCACAGGGGCAUCAAAGGUGUUGUCCGGGACAAAGACACGGAGGCGGGAAUCUCUAACGCCAUCAUUCAAGUUGAAGACAUUGACCAUCACAUCCGAUCAGCCGCCGGUGGCGACUACUGGCGCCUGCUGAACCCCGGCGAGUACCGCGUCACGGCCAGCGCCGCCGGCUACCUGCCGUCCUCACGCACCUGCCAGGUCAUGUACGACUACUUCCCCACUGUCUGUGAUUUCUACCUGGUGAAGGAGCCCCGGCUGAGGCUCAAGGAGUCAAAGCUUGAAAAAGACGGCCAGCUCACAAGAGAACACCGCCUGCGCCGUCUGCGCAAGCUGAAGGUGGCUGACAGACGUGCCAAACCUAUGUGAGGGUGACCACUUCAUUAACGCUGGAUUUAAAAAACUGUUGCUGCAAAUAAAUCUUUCUUACAUAA